AUGAAUGAAGUUUAAUAAUUACUUCUGACAUCCUUUUCGUGUUCCCCUCAUAGAUAAUAAGCAGAAUAAUAAUUAAUAUAACAUUUAAUUACUAAUCCUCAACAUUUUCAAUAAUUAGGAUUGUUGAUUAUAGUACAAGAUUAAAAUUCCCUCUAAAUAGCCACAGUUUUGAAUGCUACAAUUAAACUAAUGAAAUCGAAUCAAUGUAAUAUAAUAUCAAAAUAUUUAGAAUUGAUAACUCAACUUUAUAAGCAAACCUUAUUCGAAAUAUAUACAAAUCUAAAUGUUCCCUACAAUUGCAAGUAUCUAAUAAAAUCAGCAAUUGCAGUCUUAUUUGAGGAGGAUACAUAAUAUAGUCAUCAUUUCUAGGAAUGCAUGUUUCUAUAUCUGAAGGAUCAAAGAUCAAUUAUCUUAUCAAUCUAGAUUUUCAGAUUAUUAACUGAUGCAAUUAUCUAUGCUGAUGUUGUGGAUCAAAAUAAAUAUUCUUGGUACAUUGACUAUAUUGAAAAAGUAAGCAAAAUCAUGAAUUAAUCCUUUAACUUAGAAAAUGAUUAUCUAAUUUACUUUAACUUUUUGGAAUGCUUUGAAGGAAUGCUCUUUCGCUUUUUCAAAUAUGAUCAACAAAAGUAUUUGUUCUUCCAAAAUUUCAUACUUCAAAAUCAGGAACUGAGCAAACUAUUCAUUAAUAUCUUCUCAUUCCAAUCUUAGAAUCAUUUCAUCUAAUGUUAAAGCAAUUCAACAAUAUAGAAUGUUAAAAUAUUGACUCUGAAAUGUUAUAAACAUAUCAUAAUUAGAAUGCUCUCCAGCAGGAAUAAACAACAAUUGCAGAUAUUCCCAAUUUAUCAAUAACUAAAUCAAUUAAUUCUAUUUCUGAUUCAAUCCUUGCAAAUCACAAUUUCAGAAGAAGUGACUGUAAUCAUAUUGGAGAUUCUGUCGACAACUAUAAAUCAAAUAGAAUUCUAUAAUAUCUACUAAAACUAUUAUCAAUAGUUGAUUGUCACUCAUUUGUAUUCUUAUUUAGUGUAUUCAUCCAAACAGUUAUCACUGCUAUAUAACGAACCCUUAGACUUUAUUUAAUAAGAACUUAGUUUUGAUAGUUAAAAUAAACUUUAAUCACUUCAUAAUCAAACCCUGGAUUUGAUUCGAGCCUUGAUUACUCACAUAGAUGGAGCUUAUUCAUUUUUAUCCUCGAGUGCUUUUGUGUUAUUUAAAUAUUCAAUAAAUGAAAUACUAUCGAAUCAAUUAUUCAUCAUAACAGAACAAGAAUUCAAUCACAUUAAACUAUUACAAAAUAACUCAAUCUUUUAUAAUUAUGAUAGCAAAUAACGAUUACAAAUAUCUCUCAUCAUUCUAAUCAUCAUCUAACCUAAUCUAAACACCAGAUACGAUAUACAGGAAUACUUGGCAAUUAUCAUAUAAAACAGUUACCAAGUAGUUCUCCAAUGUUAAGAUGAGUUAAUCCAAAUACUUUUCACUAAAUUAAUCGGCGAAAGCUAUUCUAUUCUGAAAUCUACAGUGAGUUAGCUAUUUUAUAAACAAUUCCUUGAGAACAUAGUCUAACUUGAACAGUUUAAUAAACUGGCCUUAUUCUACCAAUAAAUCAGCACUAUCAAUUUGAUUAUCUCUUCAGAUGAGCUACCUGGAUUCGUAGAGAAAAACAAACUGUUCGAUGAAAUUAUCUAAAAAUUCUCAUCCUAAAUAUCUUGCACCUGCGAUAUUCGAAUCCUACAAAUGAUUGAAGAAUGGGUCUCUACCUAUCAAUUUUAACAGAACACAAUCCAACUCAUUGCAUAGCACCUCGCUUAGAGAAUUUAUUAAGAAUAGACUAAUAUAUAUAACAAUCAAAUAAAUAGAGAAAUAUUUAUUGAAUUAUCAUGGAAUAUCCUUCAUUAAAUCGCAAAUCAUUAUAAUUAUUUUGACUAUUUAUUGAGUGUUGAAAAUCAAAUAGUUCAACUCUAUAAACAAGUUAAAGAAGAAGAAUCUGUCUAAUAUACAGAAAAAAUGAUUCCAUUCGUCUCAAUCAUAAUACAGAAAUUAAAAAGAGUAACUAUGGAUCAAAUAUCCCUGUUGCCUAAAUUUGAAAGAAUCCUCUAAUCGUAAAAUUACUCAUUUUAAUCUUUAUUUGAACUUUUAAACAACUACAUGUAUUAUGGCAGGGAAUAUUUCAUUAAUGAAACAACUUAAUCAAUUUACUUCCAUUUGGCCUUAUCGAAUAUUGUGUCUAAUUUGAAUUCCACAUUAGAUAAGUGCGAAGGAGCCUUGCUGAUUCAAUUAGGAAUUCAAUGUCUCAGGAAUGAUCUUAACGAAAACAUUCUCAGACAAAUCUUUGAUCAUUCAUAUCAAAUUAUCAAACAAUCCAACACUGAUGAAUUAUUAGCAUCCAGAAUUAAGUGUAUAUUCCUAAGUGCAUUACUGACAAUCAAAUCACUUUCCGAAAAAAUAAUAGGAACCAACUAAAUGCAAGGUAUUCAAUAGGAGUUAUAUGAAAUGAAUUAUUCUGCCGGUUACGAUGCUAAGUUAUUCAUCAUCUAUUAUUCUAAUGCAAUACUCUAGAAUCCUGAAAUCUUAUUGACUACUGGUUGUAAUAUCGUAUCAAUGCUAUCGUAUCAAUUGGAAUAACAGAAGGAAGAAAAGUUUGAGAACUUUGAUGGCUGUUCCUCCUCAGGUUCUGAAGCUGAUGAUCAUUGUUAUGAAAACUUUACAGAGGAGAAGAGAACUCUUGAAGAAUAAAUCACAAAAUUUAAGAGUGGAUAUGUUAGUGUUGAUGAAUUUGAAACAUUUAAAUAGGCUAUUUAUCAAUUAAAAGCACAUCAUCCUAAUAUCAUUGCAUAAUUCAAACAAGGUCUACAUUUCUUCACCUCAAAAAAGCUGUAAUAGAUGUUAUCAGUAACCAGAGCCUAAUACGAAUAACCUAGACAAAUGAUAAAAAUAGCAAAACGAAAAAAUCAUUGA